UGUUCUCUAAAUCUUUCAAUUCUAGUUUGGAUUUCCACACCAGCAGACCAAAGAAUACGAUGGUUGAGGCGCCGAUUCGGGUGGUUGAUGGUGAUAAAUGUAGUGAUAUGGUCGAUACAGCGGUUGAUGCUUUCGAACAGGAAGUUUUGAUUGAUAGUGGUAGUGAGUCUAAUCGUCAAACAGCUUGUGUGCACAUUGUUCUUAAUCGUUCGAGCAUUUGGUGUGUUGCUGUAACAUAUUAUGGGGUGAUUCUAUUGAGACAAGAUGAUCUGGCGCUGUCGGCUUUCGUGGGUUCUGUUUUGAACGUUCUAUUAUCUUUCACUUUGAAGCAGUUAUUAAACCAGGAGAGACCUGUUUCUGAAGUGUGUUCUGGCCCUGGAAUGCCAUCUACACAUGCUCAAUCAAUUUCAUUUGCUGCCAUAUUCUUCAUUCUUUCAAUUAUUGGAUGGCUGGGAUUAAAUGGACUUUCGGUCAUGCUCAUUGUUCUCGUUAUCGCAAUUGGUGUAUAUUUUUCGUGGCUUCGUGUUCUACUAUGUUAUCACACAACUAGCCAAGUGGUUGCGGGUUUGGUGGUGGGGUCUGUUUUUUCUGUCUUAUGGUUUUGCACCUGCGAUGAGAUGAUAUAUAACUCGGUUUUGUGGAUGAGAUGACAGGCUCUUGUUCUUGGCAUUAGUAUCGUCUUGACAAAAGAUGAUUGUUAAUGAAUGUAGAUAUACAAAUAACAUAAUACGUGAUUACAUGUCAAUUGUUUGUUAAA